AUGGUUUUUCCAAAUCCUUUCUACUUCUUCGUGUUCUUCAUUAUCCUCUUGUGUUCCAAUGUUCUAGUUCAAUCUGCUCGGACUUUUGAUACUCAAUCUAAAGUGCCUCAAAACAAAACUUUCCGCUACGUUGUCCAAGGCGAGUUUGAAGGAUUGAAUGUGGAAUAUUGGGCAGAUUAUCGUUUUAUUGAAACCGGUGAAAAUAAUGUUCUUAGUUACCCAUAUGGGCUAAUGUUCUACAACACUACUCCUGAUGCACAUGUUCUUGGCAUAGGUGCCAAUCUUCCUAAUGAUCAGUCAGAAACAUUUUGGAUUUGGGGUGCUAACAACAACAACCCAGUUCGUGAAAAUUCCACUCUAACUUUCGGCACUGAUGGUAACUUGGUGCUUGCAGAUGUUGAUGGUCGUAUAGUUUGGCAAACUAAAACAGCCAACAAAGGUGUUACCGGUAUGUCUAUGCAGCGUAAUGGGAAUUUUGUACUUCACGAUAAAAAAGGAAGGUUUAUUUGGCAAAGUUUCCAGCACCCGACUAAUACUAUUGUAAGAGGUCAAUCACUUAACCUCAUGGGUGGUAAGAAACUCGUCAGUCGUACAUCAGAUAAGAACAGUCGCGAUGGUUCUUUCAGCGCUGUGAUCGACAAGAACGGAUUCAUCCUGUAUCAAAAUUCACAGAAAAGAGGCGGCUGGGAGGCAACGGGUCUUCUAAAUGUAACAUUUGAUUCAAUGCAUGAACAACCGCAAACUACUACUUAUUUGUUAACUCUAGGUUUGGCAAAUCCAAAAGGAGUUCAGCCAAAACCAGCUGGUACUAAUUCAAGGAAAGUUACACUCACGAAAAUUAAUUACCGCUAUGAACAUUCAUUUCUCAGGUUAGAAUCAGAUGGUGAUCUUGCAGGUUAUACAUUCUAUGAAAUGGAUUCUUAUUCUUUGUGGGCUAAAGAUUAUGCGUAUUUUGGAAAGGUGCAUAAUGGGGGGUCACCACCUUAUACACCACCAACAUACGAGGGGCCAUCGGGUUAUAACCCGCCACCAUAUGAGGAGCCAUCUGGUUAUACCCCGCCACCACCAUCGAGAUUCUAA